AGAGUUUUGACUAUAAUGCAUGAAAAGGAUGUCGUUGGUAGAGUGCUCAGUUUGGGGCGAAAAUCUCCGAAAUGCGACGGAUUACAACUACUUCAUGAUCAUGGAUUCUAGAUAUACCUCUCUUGGCGAGCUUGGGCAAAGCACUUCGUUUUAUACAGCACACAAUCGCGACACAAGUCAAGCGUAUGAUCCUUACAGAAAACGAACGUCAAUCACACUCGAUGAGAACUUGUCCAGAUUGUUUGAGUGCAUGAGGCUGGAAUAUGGAACAGGAGGCUUUCUAAUCUCACCGAAAUGGAAGAACUUCAGAAGCCAGAAGUUACAGUUUGCUGAAAAGACACGAUUGAACAAUGCAAUUUGGAGAUGUUGGCAUAUCCAAUAUUCCAAGGGGAAGCGACCAUUGUUUUGCCAGUUUGUCAAUCCGCUCUCUGAGGAAAAGGAGCCCUUUAAAAAGAAACCCUUUGCUGUCAUACUGGAAGGUCGCUAUUGGAGGAGAAAGUUGGAGGCUGUAGCUAGAGAGUACAAGAAACUAAGAAUAUAUUACAAAAAGUGGUCAAAUUCUCCUGUUAAUACUAGUCCACUUUCACAUUUGAGCUUACGGGCACAGCAGAUUGAUCAAGAGAUUGCCCAGAAGCUAGAGGAAAAAGAGAGAAAAAGAAAGAGGACUAUAAGCUCUGACAGUGGAGAUGAUAACUUCUUCACUACUACAGCUGCCCCAGGCAGUGAUGCUCAAGUAGAUCACAUGCUUAAUAUCAUGGACACAGCUUUCAAUGAUGACUUAGCUUUGUCUGCUCUGCCCGACACACUCUUCACAUCUCGUCAAACCAAUUUUGGAGGAGCUGUAAUUCCACAAGAGGGUCUUCAACAACAGCCCCUGACUUACAGAGCAAGAGAAGCUCCAGAUGUUUUUCAAGUUCCAACACUAGAUAGCUUGCAGCCAAAUUUAGACGAAUUUAUGGAGCAUUUUGAAACCCUUACCGGUAUGCUGGUGAAACAAGGUGAACAUGCAGGAAAUCAGCCAAAUUAUGUUCAACAGAGUGACUACAAUCAGUGCCAGGCUGUUGCUCCUCCCCCGCCAAACGCCACAGUGUAUGUGAAUCAAGGAGAUCCAUAUGAGGCAACUGCCCCAGGACAAGAUGAGGUUAUGGAUCAUUCCGGAGCAUAUGAAUCUGUCGCACAAGAAAUGUUCCCAACCCAAACAGUGGACAAUUCUCAAUUGCGUCAGGAGGUUAUGCAACCAGAUGGACAAGUACUGAUGGACAUUUCCAGUGCAAAUUCCACAGUGGACUUCAGUUAUAACUAUGGAAAUGUACUGCAAGGAGGAAGCUUCACCUCACAGCUAGACCAAAGUAGGCAUGUGCAUGCACAAUCACAGAGCGUACAUGCGCAGAACAAGCAGCAGGUUGUUACAUCACCCAGACUAGCUUCGCCUGUAGAACAGCCUCAGUUGCCACCUUACCCAACAUCACCACCGCAACAUCAUCAGACUCCGCUGGAGGAAAUUCAAAUUCAAGCCCAACAGCAUCAGUCUCGCGGAAAUAAUGUUAUGUCCCCUACCAACCAGUUUGUUGGUAACGUAGAUCCUUUUAACACGGCGAGGCAAAUGGAUGACUCGAACCAACAGAGGAAGGGACGGUUGCCUAGGAAUGUAUCCGAUACACAGUUGUACACGAUGGACUUGUCCCAACUGGGAACAUCUUUCCACACAAAUUUGUUUCCCUCUAUGGAAAGUAAUUUACCACCCCAGUUGGAAGCUCCUAAUUUAGCGGCACAUUUGCAGUCCAUACAGCCACGCACUAGGAUCCCUUCCCUACCAACAACCUCUAAUCCCAAGCGGCCCCGUCUACCGAGAAACAUGUCUGACUCUAAACUGAGCAGUUUAGCUCGCAUGUGCAGAAGUCCGACAUCACCUCCAUCGCUACCCACAGUGCCUUCGUCGGAGAUAGGAAACCAACCGUCGCAGAUAGCAAACCAACCGUCGCAGAUAGCAAACCAACCGUCGCAUCCAAUCGCUAACCCACCACAUCCCUCAGGAAGGAAAAAAAGAGGAGGGUUUCCUCGUAUCAUGUCAGAUUCAUCUUUGUUGAGUUUAGGUCAACAGCCGCACCAACGCGCGCCUCCAGCUCCAGCAGCAGCACCAAUUACAUCGCAGCGCAGACGGAAGAUGUCCACUCCAGAACAUCUUGGAAACACUGUGGCUGCACUCUCAUCUCAGUCUCCAACAUUCACCAGCACUGCAGAUACACCACAGUUAACAGGAAGCCUUACAACAAAUGCAAAUCUUUUAGAACAGUUGUUACUAGCACCUGUGGCUAGUCAAGCCCCAGCUGCUGAAUCCUAUCAAACAAACAACUCGGUGUUAGGUCAACUCCUCACUCAGCCAUCUCCUUCUAAUCCUGCAGUGCCUAUGCAAACGAGAGAGACUGGUACCGUGAGUGGUACGCAAGACCCUUCUCUGCUGAAUCAGCUUUACCAGUUGAAACAAGUGUUACACAAACAAAGCGCCCCAACAGAGCUGGUCAAUGCAUUGAGUACCUUAAGUAACACAGGAGCGACGCAAGCAACUCAGCACAAACAAGAACAGCCACAAGCUGUGCAACAUAAAACUGCUCCUAUGCAGCCAUCACUCCAGAUGAAGCCCCAAAAUCAAAACGUUAUCACUCAAGCCUUACAGUCCCUGUUGCGAGCACCGCCUAAUGUAGCUAUUCAACCCUCCACCUCCAGCAAACCAACAACACCAGUUAGUAACUUUACUUCACAAUCGCCAUUGCAAGCCGCGUUGAUCACGUCAAACAGUGCACCGGUUCCAACUGUCACCAUCAAGCACACGCCCCAAAAUAAAGUUCCUGUGCCAGCUGUGAAUCAAAAUGUGUUGCCGCAGGCAGCAGUUAUCUUAUCUCCUCAGGGUAAUCUGCAAGCUGUCCAAGACACACCGACUGGUCAUAUGAGUGGUGUACCUGAGGUGCCAACUUCAUGUAUGCCGCAGGUGGUGAAUGUUGGACAUCCCACAGUUCAGGGGCACAGGAUUAUUUUACCAGCGAAUGUAAACCUGAGCACUUUGUCUUUGGCACAGCUAGGGCUUUCACCUGCUACGCUUCAGUCGGUUACUGUCCCUGUGCCAUCGAGCGCUGUUAAUAGCUCCUCCCCUCUACAAACAGUUGCGACCAUGAGCGCUGGAGCUAAGAAUCCAUUGGCUGUUACAGUGUCAACUGCUGGACUUGUCACAGAAUCUCAAGAUACAGGAGGAAUGAGGCCAACAAAAACGCCUCCGCCUGCCAAACAGACAAGACCUGUAACUGCAGAACAGCGGGAGCAGUACAAGGAACACAGACGAAUUUCGCACAUCACAGCGGAACAAAAGAGACGUGGUAAUAUCAAAAUGGGCUUUGAUCAAUUGAUGUCACUUGUACCGUCACUUGCCAGUCAAAGGAAUUCCAAAGUGAGCAAAGCCACAGUUCUACAGAAAACUGUUGAAUAUACUACCAAGCUGCAGCGUGAGAGACAAACUAUGCAGGAAGAAGCUGAACUGCUCCGAAAACAGAUCCAGGAUCUAAAUGCAUCAAUAAGCAUGUGUCAACAGCAGCUUCCGGCCACAGGAGUACCAGUUGCAAGACAGCGUGUUGAUCAAAUGUGGUCCAUGUUUAACCAGUACGUGAAGACACGAACACAAGACAACUUCAAAUUUUGGAUAUUCAGCGUGCUGAUGCGGCACCUGUUUGAAGAGUAUAAUAACACGGUAUCUACAGCCAGUGUGGAGGACUUCUGUAGAACAGUCAUUGCGUGGCUUGAACAGCACUGUUCUCUACCCGCACUGAGACCUGCGGCGUUGUCCUCGUUACGCGACCUUAGUAAAGCGACGUCGAUCUUGUCUGACCCGUCUAAAGUUCCUGAGCAGGCGCUGAGAGCUACGGCCAAUAGAGAUCCUACGGACUUGUCCGCCAUGAUUGCUCCUCCAGGUGCCAAUGGUGGGGUCCGAAAUGGAGGGGCGGCAGCUGGCUACAGUUGAAAAGGAGCUAGGCCCACUGCUCUCGUUAAAUAAUGUUUCUUUAGUCUCUGCAAGUGGCAUCUCAACAUUCUUUGUAAAAUUGUCGGCGAGGCUUUCCAUUGACCCAUUGACACCUCUUCGAUUUAGAAGGAAACUUCCCUGCUUGAGGCACUCACUUCUAACUGGCAGCCGUUCAGUUUAUUGCAUUAUUGCUUUUUGAAAUGAUUAAUGCACCGUGUGGAGAAACUUUUGCGCCAUGACGUAUAUAGUAUUCACUUUACGAGACGACCGCCGAGCACGUGGCCUUAAAAUUGGUCACACUCCACACUAGUCUACAUGACGCUGGAAGUCAGAGCUCAACUUGACAAUCCUUUUGACUAAGGAACAAAAGCAAGAAAUAAUUUUCAAAAAAUACCAGGAAACACUUUGAAGUAAAAAAGGACAUGGUUCAGAAGGAGCGCAGCAAAAUUUGUGUAUUUGUGAAUACGUUAAUAAGUACGCUUCUUCGGCGUAGGAAUGAUGCUGUAGCUUUAGUAUAGGAAGUACUGGAAUGGUAGAACGUUGGUGAGAAAUCAGCCAAUGUAACAGUGGUUCUUUUUCCAAGUUUGAUUUUAGUUUUGUUGCCAGUUGAAAUAUGAGUGAUCAAGAGACAAAUGUGGUGAUUCUUAUAGAGUGAAGUCUAAGAUACAAAAAAAAACCUGCAUAACCUACAGAUAACGAAUUGUCGUGUCCAAAACCUGUAGAAGAUUCGUCAUUAUUUUAGAUCUAUUUGUUCCCAGUAUUCCAGAAUUCCAACACUAGCUAUUGAUAUCCAUAUCUAUGAAGAAAGACGAAACUAUAACUUGUACUAUAAGCAGAUAUUCUUGAGCUGUAGUCGUCAAAGGACGGCUUUUUUUCCCCUAGAGUAAGCGAAUACAUUCGAAUGCAUUCCCAUAAGCGAAUACAUCCCAAUUCUGCUAUCCAAACUGUCGCGUUUGUACACCAUUCUCAACUCUCAGUCCCAGGAAUCUUUUAGCUUAAAGUUGAGGAGGAGGUCUGGGGUCUGGAUUGGCUUGACGCCCGACUGCUCCCGUUAUGAUCCAUAAGUUAUCCAUCCGUCCCUUUGGUAGGUCAUGUAUGUAGUUUAAUAUAUAGCGACUGGAUUUGUAUUGUACAUUGUAUUUUGCCAGUCUAUUUGUAUUUGGUUUCUCUUUUAAUUUUUUUUUUUAUUAUUUUUUUUUAUCACCAUCACCGAGAGAGAGUCAUUGGUUAUCAAAGCCUGCAACGGUACCAUCUUUGACUUCGGGCUCUCAAAAUAUCCUCACAACAGUCACGUGUGAUCACGUGCGUUUUCUAGCGCUUGGCUUUGUGACGUUUACUCGCUUCCACUUUUCAUUGGUUAGUAAUUAUCCUCGUUUGUCCUGAUUGGCUUUUGCUCAUGCUUUGCUCUUGAUUUAUUGACACCUUAUUAAAAACCUCUCAUAAGAGAAAAUAAGUCGUUGCAGCAGGUUUUCUUUCACCAGAGCGUUUCAAAAUAUAGUUAUUUAAACUACGUUUUACCCACUCGCUGGCUUUGUCUUUAAACAUAAUUAAGACGAAAUGAGCGACAGUUGUUUGGAGCUUUUGACGAGUCUGUGGUGAAGGCAGUUAUUUAAAGAAUUUUAUUUUUCCUUAAAGUUCAUUUUAAAAUAUCAUUUUUUUCUGAUCUCUGAAGUGAUGACGUUAGGCGAGCAGUUCGAUUCGCCAGCUUAAGGUCAAUUUAACCCUCAGAGAAUAAGCAAGAUAAUUUUAAUAGUUCUCUAUGUCGCACUUUAAAUGUGUCUUUGGUCGAUAAUUCUGUGUACAAAUGGCGACUUGUUUCAAUCUCGUCUGCCGAUUAUCUGGAGAAAAGGACGGACUCCAUAAAUUAAAUCAUUAAACUUUCGUGAACUACCUUAUUCAACAUGUAAACUGCAGUUCACAAUCUCAAACUUGUAUUUGUUUUACGAGAAUAGCUCUGUUUAUUCAAUUAUCCAGGUGUAAUCAUAUUGUCGAAAGUUUCUGCGAUGUAAAUUUCGCUUCUGGCUAACUUAGUAACUAAAUUAGUAGUUUUAUACUGAAGGUAAGGUGCAAAUGCAAUUUGCAGUGAGCUGUAAGGGGGAAAAAGGAAUUUUUACAAAAAUAAACUGCUUUUGUACAACAGCCUCUUAAAUAUA